AUGCUUGAUUUUAUUAUGGAUAAGGAUAGUGAGCUGAAGGAUAUAAUACUUGAUGAUCGUAAUGAACCUGUUAGAGAUGUCAAAGUAGGAGAGAUAAAAAGGAUGGUUGUCAAAAAUACGAGAGAGUUUGAUGAUAAAGAUCAAAAGAAAGUUGAGAAGAAUUACAAGACAAAGAAACUGCUUGUCUGUGGCAUAGGACCUGCUGGGUAUAAUAGGAAUUUUGCUUGUGAAAAUAUUAAAGAAAUUUGGGAUUGCCUAAAGACAGAUCAUGAGGGAACAACUGAUAUGAAGGAUUCUAAAGUUUACAUUCUGACUACUCAGUAUGAAACUUUUAUCAUGGAAGAAGGAGAGACAAUUCAAGAAAUGCAUACAAGAUUCACUUCUAUCACAAAUGAGCUACACUUCUUAGGAGAAGUAAUUUCUUUGUAUAAGCAAAUGAUAAAAAUUCUAGGUGCUCUUCCUAAGUCUUGGGAAUGUAAUAUGGAUUCUAUUACUGAGGCAAAAAAUCUGAAGACUUUCACUAUGGAUGAACUCAUGAUAAUCUAA